AAGCUAGGUCUCGCUUAGGGUUUGGGAAAGGGUGGAAGCUAAUUAGUGCCCGAUCCUAUCUUGACAUUUCUUUCUGAUUUGCCAAAAGAAAUCAUGGCUCCAAAAUCAAAAUGGAAAGCGGGUGGGGUGAAGAAGAAAGGACCCAAAAGAAUCCCUCUUCCGGCGGAUCUAUUGCCUGGUGCGCCUCUGAGUUUUGACUGGAGAGAUGGAUUAAACGGGAAGGCAAUCAUUUGUAGCCCCAUAAUGACA